CACUAAUCGAAAUGGCAACCUAAAAAUUGCAAGAGAAGGCAGAGAUCUAUGAUAGGAAAUGCAAAUGCCACAAAAUAUAGCCAUAGUUUUCCCCCACACUGCAUGCAAGGAUAAGCUUAAUUUCACUCUAGUGUAAACCCUAGCAUCGUCGCGUCGGAAUUUAGAUCCACCGCCGCUUAGGUUCAGCAGGUUUUGGGCUUUUCCUUUGCUUUCAUUCUGUUGAAGAAUGGUGCUUUUGAUUUCAAGAGAGAAGUUGUACACCACAUGUGUGUUGGUGGUUCUUACAUUGGAAGUAUGUAAUGGUUUUUAUCUUCCUGGAAGUUACAUGCACACAUACUCAACCGGGGAUGAAAUAUAUGCCAAAGUUAACUCCUUAACUUCUAUCGAGACCGAGCUCCCGUUCAGCUAUUACAGUCUUCCCUACUGCAAACCUUUAGGGGGCAUUAAGAAAAGUGCUGAGAAUCUUGGUGAAUUGCUAAUGGGAGAUCAGAUUGACAAUUCUCCAUACCGUUUCCGUAUGAAUGUUAACGAAUCUAUAUACCUCUGCACAACUCCUCCAUUGAACGAGCAUGAGGUGAAGCUUUUGAAGCAGAGAACGCGGGAUUUGUAUCAAGUCAACAUGAUUCUUGACAAUCUGCCUGCUAUGAGGUUUACCAACCAAAAUGGGGUCAAAAUCCAGUGGACGGGCUACCCUGUCGGUUUCACACCUUCGAACAGUAAUGAUGAUUACGUUAUCAAUCAUCUCAGGUUCAGAGUGUUGAUUCACGAGUAUGAAGGAACUGGAAUUGAGAUCAUUGGCGUUGGAGAUGAAGGUAUGGGUAUAAUUACAGAGGUGGAUAAGAAUAAGUCAUCAUCAGGAUAUGAGAUUGUUGGUUUUGAGGUUGUCCCAUGUAGCGUUAAAUACGACCCUGGCAAGAUGACUAAACUCCAUCUCUAUGAUAAUACUGCAUCUGUGAGCUGCCCUCUCGACGUUGGCAAGAGUCAGGUGAUAAGGGAGCAAGAGAGAGUGUCAUUCACUUAUGAAGUCGAGUUUGUGAAAAGUGACAUCAAAUGGCCAUCUCGAUGGGAUGCUUAUCUGAAGAUGGAAGGGGCACGUGUCCACUGGUUCUCGAUUCUCAACUCAUUGGUCGUGAUCUCCUUCUUGGCAGGGAUUGUGUUUGUUAUAUUCCUCAGGACAGUGAGGAGGGAUCUAACUAGGUAUGAGGAGUUAGAUAAGGAAUCUCAAGCACAGAUGCAUGAGGAACUUUCCGGAUGGAAGCUUGUGGUUGGUGAUGUCUUCCGAGAGCCAUCCCAUCCGAAGCUACUAUCUGUGAUGAUCGGAGAUGGAAUUCAGAUCACUGGAAUGGCGGUUGUGACCAUUGUUUUCGCUGCACUUGGCUUCAUGUCUCCGGCCUCUCGUGGAAUGCUGUUGACAGGGAUGAUAUUGCUGUAUCUCUUCCUGGGGAUAGCAGCUGGGUAUGGCAGUGUAAGGAUGUGGACGACUAUCAAAGGAUCACAUGAGGGGUGGAGAUCGGUUUCUUGGUUAACAGCAUGCUUCUUUCCUGGAACUGCUUUUGUUAUAUUGACAUUUCUCAAUUUCAUACUCUGGGGUAGUAAGAGCACCGGUGCUAUUCCAAUUUCCUUAUACUUCAUACUCUUAUCACUCUGGUUCUGCAUUUCUGUGCCACUGACUCUCUUAGGAGGCCUCAUAGGCAUAAGGGCUGACCCUGUCCACUACCCGGUCCGAACCAACCAGAUCCCCCGAGAGAUCCCACCACGAAGAUACCCCUCGUGGCUCCUCGUGCUUGGUGCAGGAACCCUCCCAUUCGGAACCCUCUUCAUCGAGCUAUUCUUCAUCAUGUCCAGCAUGUGGCUCGGGAGGUUCUACUAUGUCUUUGGGUUUCUGCUGAUUGUGCUCCUCUUGCUGGUUAUUGUUUGUGUUGAAGUCUCCGUUGUUUUAACAUACAUGCAUCUUUGUGUGGAGGACUGGAUGUGGUGGUGGAAGGCCUUCUACGCGUCCGGUUCAGUUGGUAUAUAUGUCUUCUUGUAUUCCAUCAAUUACUUGGUGUUUGAUCUCCAGAGCCUGAGUGGCCCCGUUUCGGCUACUCUUUAUCUUGGCUACUCGCUGCUCAUGUCCAUCGCCAUCUUGCUCUCCACUGGCACCAUUGGUCUGCUUUCUUCCUUUUACUUUGUUCAUUACCUUUUUUCCUCUGUUAAAAUUGAUUGAAUAAGUUGCCAUCUCA